AUGUCGCAACUAGGCUUGACUAACAACAUCGUCACUGCGACAGGCAUCCUCGGAUGCGCUUGGUGGGCAGGCGCGGGGCAGUCGUUGUCCAUCUUCAGCGUCGCGGCGGCUCUCGAGGCCAGCGCAGAGCCGAUCCAUGCACUGAAGCUGUGGCAAAACCUAUUCUACCGCGGCAUGUCCAUAGGCCCAAAAGUCGCGGGCCUCACCUUUCUGUCGCUGGCGUAUUCGGCCUACGACCGCUACCGGCACGGCCUCGCGUGGAAGCCAUUCGUCGUUGCCGGGGCACUCGGUCUUGGAAUCGUGCCGUACACGUUCGCCUUCAUGGGGCCGACCAACGAGAGGCUCCUGGCGGGUGCGCAGGGCGUGGUGGCGCUGGGAUGGUCCGAGACCAGAGAGCUGCUCGUGAGGUGGCAGACGCUCAACGUUGUCAGGAGCUUCUUCUCAAUUGCCGGUGCCGCCGUUGGGCUCUGGUAUACGGCCUUCCCUUGA